AUGAACGAGCCACAUGCAAAUGGUGUGAUCGAAGGGUCAUCCACCGGCCUCGAUGAUCAUGGAGAAAAGGCGAUCACCGUUAUUGCCGCAGUCACCACGGACACGGAUAGACUGCGGAUCAACCUGCAGCGGAAGGCGGGAAACUCAUUCGGCACGAAAGAAGAAACAAACAGCCAGAGUAAGGUCGCUCAGCGGACAAUCAAGGAGAAGCGUGUCAGCAUCAGCGCCACGAGAAGAAGGACCAACCAAUACAUCAAGGACAGAAUGAGAGCGAUACGGAAGGGCAGAGUAACCAAGGAGGGCCUCCAGCCCAAGAAGCUUCUCACCAAACCAUUCAAAGACCCGCUACUCCAGAGUACGGUGUCAAUGGCGAAGCGGAUCCUGCCCAACGAGCCCCCGACCGCCGAGCAGCUCGCAAGUCUCCUCGAAGCCGAGCAGCCCACGCAAAACUACUUUGCGAGAACCGCGUCGUUGAUCCCCGGCGACCGCUUUGGCUUCGACAAACGGCCGUCCAGCGGACAUACCACCAGCAGGAUCCUGUUGCCCGACGCCGAGACGCGCAAGGAUUAUGUGGUGCACAACUCCAUUCGUGACCUGACGCAGGCCCAGCAGGUCCAUAUGGUGGGCCAUCAUCUGAUGUGGACGAAUCUCAAGGGGGACGAGUACCUUUCGUACAGCAAGAGUCCCGUCUUCACGAUCGUGCAUGGCCUCAAUCGUAUGGACUGCAAUCAGGGCAACGUGACGAUCCAGUACAUCGACCGCAGGCGAGCCACGAGAGCCGAUGAGACAAUUCCGGCUGCGUUCUACCACGCGCUGGACUUGUACCGCAUCUUCCAGAUCCAUCACAAUCCCGGCUGGACAGUGUACCACAGGAAGAAACUCCGGCCGCGCAUGUUCACGCAGGAGCUCCUCUCGCACGGCGUCGUCCGGGUCCAGGAUAGCAGGUUCAAGCCAGCUCGGAUUAAGGACUUGAUCCGAGAUGGGCUGCUCGACGUCUUUCCAGAGCUUUACAUGCCGUCGGGGGGGCAUCGCCGGACUCCGUUGUACGAGGGCCAAGUCGCGUUCCGCCGGCAGUGCUUUCCUGCAAAGCAUAAGGAUUGCUCUGGAGAUGACGAGCAGCUCCUCUACUCGUACGGCAACUGCGCGAGGGGGUUUAUCUUCACCGUGGAUGAGCUCAUCAAAGUCCAAACGCUGGUUCGUAACUUCAUGAAGGCCCCAUCCGGCUAUGUGCCCGGAGUGGAUCAGGCUAUUGAGUCACAUCUGCACAUCUUCCUGGACUUUCUCGCGGCAAAGAAGCGGCCGAAGGAGCACCCAAUCUUCUUGGCCUGGAUCAAAGAGCACUAUAGUGCUGCGAACGUGCUAGAUCUCUACAGUGGAGACGACGGCAACAUCCUCCCAAAGUUCACUCAUGUCGCCAGCAAUCUUCCGCAGCGCAUGCAGUACCUUGACCUGGUGCGCGAUGCGGGGGCGGUCUUCGGUCUCCCGGCUCUGCCGGCCACGGUGGUCGAGACUCAGGAUCGUGCUGUCGGCGAGAUAUAUGUCAACCAUGAUGCCGGUCUGCAGCGAUAUGUGGAGACUUACAAGGAGUGGGACGAGGAGAAGUACCUGCAAUCAAACAAGGGGCGCAAAGACAGGAAGAUGGCGAGAGAGGCGGCGUUGCAAAGGAUGAUGGAAGCGGGAGCGGAUGAUGGCGACCCCAGCAGUGCCGGAUCGGACGAUGAGGACGGUGAGGUCGAUGGGAAGGAUGCAUCCGACGGCCGAGAGGGGGCAUCUGGUCCGGUCGAAGUAGACGCAGGUGAAGAAGAGCGAAAGAUGGUCGACCAAGACAACACCAGAGAGCACCUAGCGGACGGAGAGGACCAGGCCGGCGGCCAAGGUGCGAGCGAAGGGAGCAGGCUGUUGCGCGAAACGGGAGAAGACGAGGCGGGGCUUGCGUUAGAACAGCUGCAUAACGACAUCGCGUAA